AGUCCCGCCUGUAUUUCCCUCUGGGGGAGUCUCAGUGUCGGCGCUCCCGACUGGGGAUUGGAGCGGCGGCUUGUCACCUGUCACGUCAGCACGCCACGGUACCGACCCCGCAGCCCCAUCCUCCGCGCUGUGACACCUGGCUCGGGAUGGAGGGAGCGAUGCAGCCCGCGGACGGAGGGCCCUGCGCCCCGAAGAUGUGCCGACAACACCGGGGUCCGUACAGCACCCUGAAACCCUUCCAGAGCAAGCGCUCGGCGGGCAAGUCGCGCGCUGACAGGUCCGCUGUGGUCGAGCUGCCUCUGUUUGGCGACGGACAUCACUUCACUUUCCAUCCCGAGCAGCCUCAUCGUUUCCAGCCCCAUCACCACCAUCACCAGCAGCAGCAGCAGCGCCACCAAACCAGCGUCGCUGUCAGCAGCAGCAGUCAGCAGCAUCACCACCCGACUCCCCAGCAGCAGCAGGAUCCUUUCCCCUGUGAGAACAGGCCCAGCAGCAGGGUCCCGACAUCCACCUCGGCGGCGGCGGCGGCUCCAUCUCCUGGUACCCAGCAGCGGCGCGGAGCGGAGCCCAGACUUUCCCCAGACUGCACCUACAGCAUCAGCUCAGAGAAUCGUCUCAUCCUGGAUGCCUUCGCCCAGCAGUGCAGUCGAGUCCUCAGCCUCCUCAACAACGGUCGUCUCCUGGAGCCAUCCUCCUCCUCCUCCUCCUCCACCUUCACGUCCAACAUCAAGCUGGAAGGCGGGCCGGGGGAGGUACAGGGUCUUCGCUGCUCCUCGCUGCUUAAGUCCAAACCUGAAGAGAGCUCCUCCACCACGGACCCAGAAGGGGAGGCCCAGCAAAGCCAUAUGAACCAACAACAGACCUCUGCCGUCCUCCGCAUCUUCACGGACUCCCUCCAGAACUAUCUGCUCUCAGAGCCUCCGCAGCAUCCGGCUGCCGGUCUGGACGAUGAGAAGUGUCCGGCGGCGGGGCCCGGCUCAGGGGCGUCUCCUCCGAGACACAACCUGGGCGGCUGGGGCUCGCCCACUCCGUCAGAGUCGUACGGCCACCCGUCGUCCACGCUGCCCGAGGAGGAAGAGGAGGAGGAGGAGGAGAGCUGCUGCCCGCGCUGCUUGGAGUUGGAGCAGGAGGUGCUGUCUCUGCAGCAGGAGAACGAAGAGCUCCGCAACAAGCUGGAGAAUGUCCCAGUUCCCUCUCAAAACACCCUUGACUACUUCAAAACUGUUCUGGAGUUUCACAACCAGCUGAUCCAACCGAUGCCGGAGGAGCAGCUCACCGAGGAAGAAGAACGGCAAACAAUCUUUGAGGGCAGCAAACAGCUGCUGGAGAACUAUCCUCUCUUCAUCUCGAACAAGCAGUGGGACGAAGCCGUCAACUCCUCCAAGAAAGACGGCAGGCGGCUGCUGCGCUACCUGAUUCGCUUCGUCUUCACCACAGACGAGCUCAAGUUCUCCUGCGGUUUGGGCAAAAGGAAGCGCUCGGUCCACUCAGGAGAUCCAGGCCUGGAGAGGCGGCCGCUCAACCCCGUCAAAGUCAGCUGCCUCAGAGAGUUCAUCCGGAUGCACUGUGCCUCAAACCCAGACUGGUGGAUGCCGUCAGAGGAGCAGAUCAACAAGGUGUUCAGCGACGCCGUCGGUCACGCCCGUCAGGGCCGAGCGGUCGGUACGUUCCUGGGCAGCAGCGGCAGCAGCACCAGCAGCCUCUACAUGGACGGCUUCGAUGGACAUCUGUCCCACGACGAGCUGUAUCUGAAAGGCUGCCAGAACGGCCUGUCGGACUGAAUCGGACGAGGAAUCAGAGACAAAUGCCGGAAAUGUAGCUGUUCAACAACUUAUCCCAAAACGCCGACCUUAACCUGACACUUUACAGAGUGAAGAACACAUUCCAGAUGACGUUUAUCGUUUCGAAUAUAACUGCAGUUUCUUUGAAUAGCUCGUCGCUCUUUUGCCAUUUUGUUUUUCGUCAACAUUUUCAUCUCACGGUCUCUUCAAUUUCUUUUUCAAUUUGAGUCUUCCAGUAGCUACUUUUUCGAUGGUUUGAUGUUUUGAGCAGUUUCUUUUGUGUGUUUGUUUUUGGGAUGCUUUAAGGUAAUUAGGAAUCUAUUUGUGUUAAUGUGACCCAUUAGAGACGUGUCAUAUCCAUCACUGCCCUUCAUCACAUCAAAGAAAGUAGUAUGUCAUAUUUUUCCACCAAAUUCUGCGUCAUUGGCGAAGCACCUUUUUAAUUGCAACCCUUCAACAGGAGUGCCUUUGAGAAAGUCGUGUUUUGUUAGCUGUAGUCUUGCACUUUGCAUCCCAAUUUGUUUUUCUUUAUUAUACUAUCAAUUCUGAUGUGCAUUAAAAGUCUCUGCAAUGAGCUUAAAUUCAGCUUCCCUUGGGUUGAGAAAGGUUUUGGUCAGGGCGAAUGUCAGGAUAUAUCAUAUUGCAAAACAGUCUUAUAGCUCAAUAUAAUUACUCACAUCUGCAUAGGUCACGAGAGGCCUCCUAUAUUAUUUUGAAAUGCUGUAUAUGUCAGUGGUAUAACACUGAUGAAGGUGUGCUCAUGAUUAAAAUGCAGAUUUGCAGAAGAAAAAAACACUGAUAAAGUAGAAGGUUUAUAUGUAAUGCUAAUCUCUGCACUUUCUUUGCUCCAUCAGAUUAUUUUAUUCAUCCUGACGCAAAAAAGUCUUCAACUGCAAAGUAGAUUAAUGCAUUCUACAUCUGUGUCAUCGGUGAGAAGACGUUUUGAUUCUGGAUGAAUGACUGUUGCCAUAUAAUAUUGCCUUAAACUUGAUUCAAGCCCUCCACAGAACAACGUGUUGAUGCUUUGUGUGUCUUCACAAUGUGGGUCAUCACUGUCUUCCUGACAGAAUAAUCACUUCUGAAUAAUUAUCCGUUGACCCAAGUGGAAGAAAAAUCGAGCACUUCUUUCUUAUUUGCACUUUUACGCGUCUCAUUGUGGCUGAAGCUGCCCGACACUGAGAAGUCCUUUAGAAUUUAACAACUUGUGUUCCUUGACUUUGUAUUUAUUAUAUUCGGUACUCGAUCACUUCACUUCAUGACACCGUUUUCUACGUUUUGAAUGUAUACCAGAUUUAUUAGGUCAGUUUGCCACGUCGACAGUGCUGUGUAAAUGUGUAAUAUAAAGUACAGUAACGUGUGAGGUGUUCUUGAAAUACCAUGUCUCUCGCUUAAAAAGCAGGAAAGUGCCACAGAAACCUUAAACAGUUGGAUUCUGUUGUUGUGUUGCUGUUCUGAAUGUGAGUUUUUAUUUGUAUAUUUACUCCCUCAAAGUGGCUUUUAACAACACUGUGAAACAUCUGUGGGAUUUUUACAAAUCUAAUAGCUUCUGUUGUUUUUUAUUUAUAAUAAAUAAAACGAGCACUGAAGCUGAAAGCUUA